AUGGCAAGCCUUGCAGAUCCAAGCCUGCCAGGACAAAGAGUGGAGCUUGCCAAAGUGGUUUCACUUUUCCACCUUAUGCAAGACGUUUUCCAUUUCUGUGGAAGGAUCGAUCCACACAACUAUAUGAAGAUAUGUUUAAAGGCUGUAUUUGACAAUAUUGAUGAAAUUGCUUACAAAAUUCAUAGAGAUGGUGCUGCAUAUAACCCAAAACGCUCUCUGCAUAAUACGCGGACAAGACUGUGCAAUGCAUUGCUAGGAGAAGCGAAAUGGGCCGCUGUUGGGCAAUUUCCAAAGGCAGAAGAGUAUUUAAAGAUUGCAAACGAUACUUCAGGGAUAGAUGUGGUGCCACUGCACACCUUCUUUCUGUUGGGUGAGGGUACAACAAGGGAAACAGUGCACCUUGUCAAUAAUGAUCCACCCAUUAGAUCUUCUGUGUCAACCAUUUUUCGUCUUUGGGACGGCUUGGGAACUUCAGUUACGGAAGCCAGAAAUCAUGUGAUGAACAAGAUUUCAGAUACAUGGAAGCAACUCAAACUACAUUGUCUCUCUCCAAAUCCAUUUUCAGCAUCUUUCACAAGGGCUGCUCUUAACAUUGCAAGAUUGGCUCCUUUGAUACAUUGCUUCGAGCAUAGACCAAAGCUCCCAUGCCUCCAAAAAAACAUCAAGUCCCUGCUCUUUGACAGGAUUGCGGUUUAG